CGUCAACUGACAACAUGAGAACCACUUCAGUAGUACUUCUAGCACUUGCAGCCUAUUUGCUCCUACAGCCCUCAGAGUGCAAGCCAUGUGGCUCUGAAUCAGAAGGAUGUGGUCUCUCAGAUGGAUCAAAAUCUGAAGGAUGUGCCAAGCUAGAGUCCAGUGUAUCUGCCAAUUCUGAAUGUGGAGAGGAAUCUGGAGAAUCGAUAGGUGGAGUCAUUUCCAAAAUAGGAUCCGCUGUCGGUAAGAUAGCUGGCAAGAUCUCUGAAGGAUUUAAAAAAGGAAGUGAAUCGGAACGUGAAGGCUCUUCAGACGUACAAGCGGGAAGUACUAGUGACUCUUCUGCGUCAUCCGAAGGUCAAUCUCAAGGUGGUUGCAAUGGAGGAGAAUCUUCUGGCACAAAGAGUGAAUCAAACAGUAAGUCUCGGGAAAAUAGUCAAAGCGGUAAAUCAAGCAGCAAAGCAAAGUCCAAAGCUGAAACUGAACAGCAGAAGGGUGAACAAGGCGGAAAAUCAAGCAGUCAGGCAAAAUCCAAAGCUACAGCUAAAGAGCAGGGUGAUCAACAAGGUGAAAAAUCAAGUAGCAAGGCAAAAUCCAAAGCUGAAACUGAACAGCAAAAGGGUGGACAAGGCGGAAAAUCAAGCAGUCAGGCAAAAUCCAAAGCUAAAGCUGAACAGCAGGGUGAUCAACAAGACCAAAAAUUAAGCAGCAAGGCAAAAUCCAAAGCUGAAACUGAACAGCAGAAGGGUGAACAAGGCGGAAAAUCAAGUAGUCAGGCAAAGUCCGAAGCUGAAUCUAAACAGCAGGGUGGUCAACAAGGCGAAAAAUCAGGCAGUCAGGCAAAAUCCGAAGCCGAAUCUAAACAGCAGGGUGGUCAACAAGGCGAAAAAUCAAGCAGCAAGGCAAAAUCCAAAGCUAAAGCUGAACAACAGAGUGAUCAACAAGGCAAACAAUUAAGCAGCAAGGCAAAAUCCGAAGCCGAAGCUGAACAGCAGAGGGGUCAACAAGGCGGAAAAUCAAGCAGCAAGGCAAAAUCCGAAGCCGAAGCUGAACAGCAGAGGGGUCAACAAGGCGGAAAAUCAGGCAGUCAGGCGAAAUCCGAAGCUGAAUCUAAACAGCAGGGUGGUCAACAAGGCGAAAAAUCAGGCAGUCAGGCAAAAUCCGAAGCUGAAUCUAACGAGCAGGGUGGUCAACAAGGCGAAAAAUCAAGCAGCAAGGCAAAAUCCAAAGCUAAAGCUGAACAACAGGGUGAUCAACAAGGCAAAAAAUUAAGCAGCAAGGCAAAAUCCGAAGCCGAAGCUGAACAGCAGAGGGGUCAACAAGGCGGAAAAUCAGGCAGUCAGGCAAAAUCCGAAGCUGAACCUAAACAGCAGGGUGGUCAACAAGGCGAAAAAUCAGGCAGUCAGGCAAAAUCCGAAGCUGAAUCUAAACAGCAGGGUGGUCAACAAGGCGAAAAAUUAAGCAGCAAGGCAAAAUCCGAAGCCAAAGCUGAACAGCAGAGGGCUCAACAAGGCGGAAAAUCAGGCAGUCAGGCAAAAUCCGAAGCUGAAUCUAAACAGCAGGGUGGUCAACAAGGCGAAAAAUCAAGCAGCAAGGCAAAAUCCAAAGCUAAAGCUGAACAACAGGGUGAUCAACAAGGCAAAAAAUUAAGCAGCAAGGCAAAAUCCGAAGCCGAAGCUGAACAGCAGAGGGGUCAACAAGGCGGAAAAUCAGGCAGUCAGGCAAAAUCCGAAGCAGAAUCUAAACAGCAGGGUGGUCAACAAGGCGAAAAAUCAGGCAGUCAGGCAAAAUCCGAAGCUGAAUCUAAACAGCAGGGUGGUCAACAAGGCGAAAAAUUAAGCAGCAAGGCAAAAUCCGAAGCCAAAGCUGAACAGCAGAGGGGUCAACAAGGCGGAAAAUCAGGCAGUCAGGCAAAAUCCGAAGCUGAAUCUAAACAGCAGGGUGGUCAACAAGGCGAAAAAUCAAGCAGCCAGGCAAAAUCUGAAGCUGAAAGCAAACAGCAAGGAGACAGCAAAGGCAGCAAAUCCAGCACCCAGGCAAAAGCUAAAGCUGAAAGCAAGCAACAAGGAGAUAUUCAAGGCGGUAAAUCAAGCAGCCAGGCAAAAUCUGAAGCUGUAGGUAAGCAGGAAGGCUGCCAGGGAAGCGACUUAAACAGUAAAGCAUCUUCUCAAUCUCAAGCCUCUAUCAAUAGUGAAUCCUCUGCUAAAUCUAAGAGUGAGGGUUGUGGACAAGGACAAUCACAAAGUCAGAGCUCUGCAAAAGCUCAAUCAGGAUCCAUAAUAAAUUUAACUCUUUAAAACUGGAUGGUCCGAUAUUUAUAGUUACCGAUUAACCAUAGUUUAUUUGAUUAUUUAUUCC